CCCCCUGGGCUGCAGCCCCCCUAAAGCCCCUGUGUUAAUCCGGCCCUGUCCCCCAGCCCUGGGGCUCUGCUCUGGGGCUGGCACCAGCCAGGCACUGCCUUGGGGCAGCAAUCCCGAGUCGGCCAGAGCGUGGGGCAGGAAUGGGACUCCCUAACGAGCAGCACUCAGCCUCUGUGCCCUGGGGAUGGGGAAGGCAGACGCAGGAUAGCGGGCCGGCUUCGAUAAUUGCUACUGCGCAUGCUCACGUCGCUUAGUAACAGAGAGGGGGCGUGGUUCCUCCCUGCUUCGUCGGCUCCCGCCCCGGCUCGCGCCCCGGUUGCCAUAGCAGCGGGUUGGAUGCGCCUCGCGCGGCCAGCAUGGCGCUGCCGGAUCCGGUCAGAAGGCGGCUCGGCUCCUUCAGCCGGACUGUGUUCAGCGACAGCAACCGCACCGGCCCGGAGCGCCGAGGCAGCAGCGGCAGCCUGGAUAAUGAAAUAGUCUCCAGUUUGCCAUUGCAGAUGUCCCUCUAUUUCAACCUUUAUUUUUUCCCAUUUUGGUGGGUGAGCAGUGUUGUCAUGCUCCAGCUGAAGUACCCAGUCUUGCCAGAUUACUACAAGUUCAUCCUGGUCACAGUAAUCGUCCUAGUCUCUCUAAUUGAGGCCAUCCGACUGUAUCUUGGAUACAUGGGCAAUCUGCAGGAAAAGGUCCCAGAACUGGCUGGCUUUUGGCUCCUAAGUCUCCUCCUGCAGUUGCCCAUAAUCCUCUUCUUGCUCUUUAAUGAUGGUCUGAAGAUCCAGCCACUAGAGCGAGCAGUCCACAUCAUUUUUGCCCUCUUCCUCACCUUCCAGGUAGAAGGCCAGAGCUCACCGUACAUUGAGGGAAUGGAGUCCAUGUUCCUGUUCAGAAGCAUGUGGCAGAAGCCAAACUGAUGCAUAAAGCACGAAAUAUUACAGUGAUAAGCCAAGAUUGAAAACACAGCCAAGGGGAGAAAAAAAGUCUUGAAGGGAUUGUUUUAAAUGUGCUGAAAGAAUCAUUUGGUUUGGUCCUAAACAUCACGAAGAGUAAAUUGACACAAGGAUUAUGCAGAGUGACGAGGCACUGAAGGCAAAUGACAACAAGAGCACUGCUGUUUAACUUCUGUAUUUGGUAUAGGGUGUAGCAUUUGAUGUGUCAGGGAGCGGUGUCAGAGCUUUGUAAUGCAAAGAGAAGAUUUGUAAAUGUUUGUAUUCUUAUUAAUAUUUUCAAGGACAACUUAUAAUCAUCUGUUGGGAAAACAGCUCAGUUUUUUAGAGACUUUAGUGCUCUUCAGCAGAGUACCAUAUUCUCCUCACAGCAAACAGGACAGUGUUCGCAAGAAAAAAAUGAAGUACAUUUUUAACUCAAUGCUUGGGAAAUAAAGGUGAAAUUUCCUCCCUCCCCCCCCAUUACACAAAGCCCCAAUUAUAGGUUGCGUGUCGAACUCCACAAGGGCUGGUGAAGAUGGAAUUUAUACCCUGGCCAGGAGCAGGUCAGGGGCUAUCAGCCUUUCCACUACCACCCUUCCUUUCCUCAUGCACAGUGGUUCCCAGCUGCUGAAUUCCUGUGAGUGUGCACCCCAGUAGCCCCAUCCCAAAUCUGUAUUCCGGGCUGCCUUAUUUGGAGCUGGUGUAGAGCACCCUUCCUGGCAAGUAGACCAGAGUGUGACAACCCCUUGUUGCACAGCCUCUCCACUCAUACCAUUCUGGAGAAGGUUGGCAGCAUGUAGGAUCCUGUAUAAAUAUCUUCUGGCCCUGAGAGUCCCCCAUACCAUAAACAAGAAGUAGCUGCAUUGAAAUAAAUGGAGGCAAAAACUUGUGUCAUUGAGAGGACAGUCAGGCCCCAUUUGGGUAAACAAGCAAGCUCUCAAAUAAGAAACCCCAGCAUGCAGUUUAGCAGAAGCAGUGCUGAUGAGUCCUGCGCUAGGUCCUUGGGUAUGGCCAAAAUACACAAUUCUCCAUAUGUCUAAACCAAUUUUAUGUUGGGGUAAAUCCUUUGAUGUCAGUGGAGUUACAACCAGUGAAAGACUGGUGUAAAUGAGUGGAGAACCAGGCUGACAGAAUACGAGGCUUAAAGCUCUCUUUUGCACUGCCCUGCUCCUUGGGCAGGUCAGGGCAUGUUUGCCUCCCUGAGCUGCACGGCUCUCACUUACAAGGUAAUGUCCACCAUGGACUGGAAACACAGGGUGCCAGAAGUUUGUCCUGACCCCUUUUAUAGCUUUUCCACCACUCAGGCUAUCAGCAAGGAACUGCAAGGUGCACCUGAGGGCUCCGUCCCACUGAGCAGCUACCCCACACCCAAGGAACGUCAGCCCCCUCCUUAGUCUGACUUCAUCGUCAGCGAACAGAAGGCAACAAGAACAAGAAAACUGACCAAUAGGUAACUCUACUGUUGUUAGAACAAUAGGACUAAACGAUGCGUUUUCAUCAUUAAAUCUGAGAAUCCAGGGGACAUUUUUAUAAUUUCACCACAUGGUCGGCUGUCACCUUACUCAGGCUGUUUGAUGAUGAUGAUGAUAUACUACUGUGGGUUCAUCGAAAAGCCAAUGGCUAGAAUCUUCAAUAGUGGCUGUCGUCCAGUUGCUAAUAUAAAAGCCCUUCUGUGACAGAGUGCUGGGCAACAGCUUUUAUUGAGUACUGGAGGUGGGCAGCCACAAACCUGCCCACCUCUGAAGGCCCCUCUCCCAGCCUAAGGGGAGGAUCGACUAAACCCGGGGCUCAAAUUAUUUUGGGGGACAAUUAAUAAGAAAACAGGGACAGGAAUGAGGUCAUUGGGCCAUAAGCAGGGAACCGGAGGGGGCUACUGAGUAGAGUGCCCCAGACAGCACCCACUGCUCCUCAAAGGUGUCCAGGGAGCCAGCAGAUGCAGUGCAGAGGAACUUUGGUCACAUGAUCGAAGGGAGGAACAGGGGUAGUCCCCACUGUUGCAGAGCACUUCCCUGUCCAGCAUCCUCCUCCUGUUGUUAUAGAUGGCCAAAUUUGGCCAGCACCAGGAGGAGAUUGACAAGGAGAUCUCGAGACUUUGUGGGGGCUGGGCAACAGCAGCUGAGCCAGCCCUCUUGUCACUGCAGCUCUAAUUAAUUACUCCAGAGCAGACCUCAUUAAGAAGAGCUUUGCCUAACGGAUGAGCUGUUUGUGGACUUGAGCAGAGGCAGGAGUGAGCCAGCCCUGCUAUGCCUUCACAGACAGGGUAUUUGCUACCUCUGCAAAGGUUCUGCUUAGCAUCUACACUGUCUGGUGGCUGUCUUCACUCCCACAUGGUUUGUAAAUAUUUAACGUAGACCCUGAACACAGCAACAUGGAGCAGGCAUUAAAGAUACAACUGUCAACUCACUUGAGUGAGAAAUGUGGUGUGAUUUUUUUUUUCAAGCUCCUUUGAGAAGUUCAUAGAAUAUCAGGUUCAGAAGGGACCUCAGGAGGUCAUCUAGUCUAACCCCCCCAGCUCAAAGCAGGACCAAUCCCCAAUUUUUGCCCCAUCAGGGAUUGAACUCACAGCCCUGGGUUUAGGAGGCCAAUGCUCAAACCACUGAGCUAUCCCUCCCUCACAGUUACUAACUUCUACAGAUUAUUAACCUGAAAUUACAUAAACUUGAAACUUUUAAUUCUAAAAAUACAGUUGGCUGGUUUUUUAAAUCCCAGAACCUCAGAAAUUGCUCUUGUAGUAUUUUAACUGAUUUAAAAACCUGAAAUCUGAAAAACAAUAACUGAAAAAUACCUGAAAAAUCUUUUAGUGACAUUUGUUUAAGAAUACAUUUAAAAUAUUGCCAUGUUUUCCAGCUCUAUCUCUAACAUAUUGUAUACUUUUAACUGUGGUCAUUACAAUACAUAACUCCUGAUCUUAGUUACAGCCUGUAUUAAAGUUAUACAUGGACUGUAUGGUUCAUCACAAUACAGAGCUAUUUAGGCACAUUCUGAACAUUUCUGCUGGGAUUGUUUGCUGAAGUCCUACUUAAGAGCUACUUUCAUAGUUGUACUAGAAAGCAGGAGUCAAUGUCAACAGUGCAAACUCCUAAAUGAAAAGAGUUGAGGUUUGAAGUAUUUGAUGGUGAUCUUAAUUGUCUAGAAUGCUGAAUGAAAGCAAGAUUUCUGGAGAUGCCCUUCUAUAGCAAACAUUUCACGUCACCUGCCAGCUGAUGAGCAUAUUGGAUUUUUCUGUCAGCAAUUAAAAACAAUCGGCGAUUUAAAAUCCGAGCCAAGU